GAACGUUUGAAAAUCCCAACAGACCCAAAAGAUUGGUCUCAAAUGCAUGUUAAGCACUGGCUCCAGUGGGCUGUUAGACAGUUUAAUCUUGUGUCUUUAAAAUUAGCUGACUGGAACAUUACUGGAAUUCAACUAUGUGAUUUAAGUAUUAAAGAGUUUCAAGCGAAAGUACCUCUCGAUCCGGGAGAUAUUUUUUGGACGCAUCUUGAAUUACUCAAAAAAUGCAAAUCCGUUGCUGUAGUUCAAAGAAGUCAAAUAGAGCAGAAAAAUAAUACACUAUCAGAAAAUCCUGAAAGAGUAAAAUUUCAUACAGCUCAUAAAUUUUUAUCUUCAAAUACUAGUACAUCUAUUGACCUCUCCGGUGAAUCUAUAACAAACCUUGAAGUCACACCUUUCGUGAUAGCUACAUCAAAUAAGAUGAUGAACACUGGCCAAAUACAGCUAUGGCAGUUUCUACUAGAACUUCUAACAUGUCAAGAACAUAAUAGUUCAAUACAAUGGGUGGGUACUGAAGGAGAGUUUAAACUCAAUCAACCAGAAGUUGUUGCUCAACUAUGGGGAGCUCGUAAAAGUAAACCGUUCAUGAAUUACGAAAAACUCAGUAGAGCACUAAGAUACUACUAUGAUGGUGAUAUGAUAUGUAAAGUUCAUGGAAAACGUUUUGUUUACAAAUUUGUUUAUGAUUUAAAGCAAUUACUUGGUUACUCUGCUGCAGAGCUGAGUAAGUUAGUUGACCAUAAAUAUUAUUCUUGACUUUUAAAGAAUUGCAUGUGAUGUAUGUAAGUAAAGGUGUGUGUUAUAAGAAAAGGUACUUCUGCUAUUUAAAUAUGAUAAAAUCAGUGCACCAGAAAAAUGUUUACAAAUACCACAGUAUCCUAAAUUUUCCUACAUUUUACUGUAAAAUUUUUUCGCUGUUUUUUUUCAUACACUUAUAUUUUAUUUGCAAUAUCUGACUGUAGGAUGGUAAAAGCUUGCGAUUAAUUUUGAAUCUGUUUGUAAGCUAGCUAAAGAAAUAUUUUUGACAAAGAUACAUUAAUAAAAAUUCAGCUUUGUGGUAACGCUUUUAGUUGAAUUUUUUUUCAUCGAAAAUCUGUACUUUAAACAGCCACACCAUGGUUUUGUGGUUAGCGUGUGUGUCUUUAGAUCUUGAU